AGUCUUCAGGUUGCAGCUCCUUGAUAGGUCGACCCUCCCUUACUUGCGACUCCACAUCUCCACUUCAUUGCGCUCGACCGGUGUCAAUCUCCUCAACAAAUCCCUCCCCCGAGAUAUCAAAUAGACCGUGUAGCUGCCCGGCUCUUGCACUAUUUGCCCAGACGGCUUCCGCUCCAUUCAAAUCCUGAGUGCGUCUCUGCAGCGGUGCGUUGCGCGCAGGCUGGAGAUGACAAGAGCUCCGCGGAACUGGCCAGACAACCAUGGAUCUCCAUAAAACGCUGAUUUCGGUGCUUUGGAUAUUAUUGGUGAACCGAGUGGAAGACUGUCACGCUGAGGAAGUGGUGCUGCUGAAUUCUAAAGAGACUCAGGCAGAGCUAGGCUGGACGUCAUAUCCCCCCAAUGGAUGGGAGGAGAUAAGCGGUGUAGAUGAGAAGUACAAGCCUAUCCGGACGUACCAGGUGUGCAACGUGAUGGAGCCCACGCAGCAGAACAACUGGCUGCAGACUGGCUGGGUGGCACGCCGAGGCGGCCAGCGCAUCUUUGUGGAGCUCCAGUUCACAUUGCGUGACUGCAACAGCAUCCCUGGUGUAGCAGGCACCUGCAAGGAGACCUUUAACCUCCUCUACGUCGAGUCGGACAGGGACCUUGGCGGUGUGACUCGAGAGGAUCGAUACACCAAGAUUGACACCAUUGCUGCAGAUGAAAGCUUCACGCAGGGUGACCUAGGUGAGAGGAAGAUGAAGCUAAACACGGAGGUGCGUGAGAUUGGCCACCUCAACCGUAAGGGCUUCCAUCUGGCAUUCCAGGACGUUGGUGCCUGUGUGGCUCUGGUGGCUGUGCGCGUGUACUACAAACGCUGCCUCGCCACCGUCCAGAAUCUAGCCAUUUUCCCCGACACGGUGGCUGAGGCGGCCUUCGCCACACUAGUAGAAGUGCGGGGAAACUGCGUCAACAACUCUGAGGUUGACACAGACAGCCCUCCCAGGAUGCACUGCAGCGCUGAAGGGGAAUGGCUGGUGCCCAUUGGGAAGUGCAGUUGCAGCGCCGGCUACGAGGAGGGACACAGCAGCUGUGAAGCGUGUCCCCCUGGAUCCUACAAGAUGUCGUCCAGGCAGCAGGAGUGUUUCCCCUGCCCAGACCACAGUGUCGCAGAGGAGGAAGGAUCAGUGGUGUGUGUGUGUGAGGAGGACCACUUCAGAACGCCCUUGGAUUCUCCCUCAGCACCAUGCACACGGCCCCCAUCUCCACCUAGAGACUUGGUCUACACCCUGAAGCAGUCCACGUUGAUCUUGGAGUGGGCUGCGCCCUCCGACACAGGAGGCAGGGUGGAUCUGACCUACAGCGUCGGGUGCCGGCGGUGUGCUGGGAAGCAGUGUGAGCCAUGUGGGGCAAGUGUUGGCUUUGUGCCUCAGCAGGUCGGCCUGACGGAGAGAACGGUGACUGUGGUCAAUCUUCUUCCCAACACCAACUACACGUUUACAGUAGAAGCCUUAAAUGGAGUGUCUGAGCUGCUGCCCAACAAGAGGUUCUACACCCAGGUUAACGUGUCAACAAGCCUUCCUGCACCAUCUCUGAUCAGUGAGCUGCGAGCGGAGAAGAUCGAACAGAAGAGUAUAACCUUGGUGUGGAGGGAGCCCUCCUACCCAAACAGCAGCCGCACCGAAUAUGAGGUCAAAUACUACGAGAAGGAACAAAAGGAUCAGAGUUAUUCUACUGUGAAGACCGCAGCCACACGGAUCAGUGUCAACAAUCUCAAACCUGGCACCACAUAUGUCUUCCUUAUCCGCUCCUCCUCUCCGCCGCCCAUCGACUAUGGCGCGUACAGCACUCCCCUGGAGCUGCAGACACUUGGCGAGUUGGCACUGGCAUCUAGUGAACAGAGCCCGGUGGUAAUUAUUGUCGUCGUCUCAGUGGCCGCCCUGAUCAUGCUGCUCUCCAUGGGAGUGGGACUGCUCAUCUGGAGGAGACAAUGCGGCUACAACAAAGCUUCUCAAGAGGGAGACGAGGAACUUUACUUCCAGUUUAAGAUCCCAACACGAAGGACCUAUAUCGACCCAGAGACCUGUGAGGAUCUGCUGCAGGCCGUACAUACCUUUGCCAAGGAACUGGACAACUCGAGCAUCAAGAUAGAGAGAAUUGUGCACACAGGUGACUUUGGGGAGGUGUGUCGCGGCUGCCUGAAGCUUCCCAGUAAGAGAGAACUGCCCGUGGCCAUAAAGACAUCAAGGGCCGGCUGCUCUGACAAACAGCGUCGUUCCUUCCUCAGCGAGGCUGGCAUCCUAGGGCAGUUUGACCACUCCAACAUCAUCCGACUGGAGGGUGUUAUCACCACCGGUAACACCAUGAUGAUCAUAGUGGAGAGCAUGUCUAACGGAGCCCUAGAUUCCUUUCUUAGGAAACAUGAAGGCCAGUUGAGUGUCAUGCAGCUGAUAGAUAUGUUGACCGGAGUGGCAUCCGGGAUGAAGUACCUCACUGAAAUGGGCUUCGUCCACAAACGGCUGGCUGCACACAAGGUGAUGGUUAAUGCCAACCUCAGCUGCAAGGUGUCGGGCUUUAGACCUCUUCAGGAGGACAAGAUAGAGGCUGUCUACACCACAUCGCACGGAGGGAAAAGUGUGGUGCUCUGGACUGCUCCGGAGGCCAUCCAGUAUCAUCGCUUCUCCUCAGCCUCCGAUGUCUGGAGCUUUGGUAUCGUCAUGUGGGAGGUCAUGUCCUACGGAGAGAGACCCUACUGGGAUAUGGGCAACCAGGAUGUGAUAAAGGCCAUCGAGGAUGGUUUCAGGCUGCCAGCUCCAGUUAACUGCCCUCCACAUCUCCAUCAGUUGAUGCUGGACUGCUGGCAGAAGGAGAGGACAGAGAGGCCCAGCUUCAGUCAGAUCCACUCAGCCCUCAGCAAGAGCAUUCGUUCUCCUGAUGGCAUCGGUUCCUCCACACUGGCACGCAGGACCCUGAGUUCAUCCAUCGCCCUAGCAGAAAGGCCUCUUCCCUCGUUCCCAUCCUUUAACUCAGUAGGAGAGUGGCUGGAUGCAGUGGACAUGGGCCGAUACAAGGACAACUUCACUGCUGCAGGAUACUGUUACUUGGAGUCAGUGGCACGAAUGACUGUACAAGAUGUACUGAGCCUUGGCAUUACUUCCCUGGAGCACCAGAAGCUGAUACUGACUGCUAUCCAGACCCUCAGAGCCCAGGUCAUCCAAAUGCACGGCCGUGGUGUGCAGGUCUAGCAAACAGUUCAGUCUCAUACUGCUGCUGCAGACCCCCACGUUCACUAUGUGCAGACGGAUGAUGCGAUCGAGAAGAGGAGAAAGAGAGAGAGCUCUUCCAGACUGCAGGAAAGGCGAGCGGAUCUUUCAGAUAAGUGUACUCCUCUUCACUCCUCCUUCUCGCACUUCCUCAUGCGUUCCUUGAUUCCUUCCUUCCUUUUUUCUACAAAUCCCCUUGGAGAUAAACAUUGUUCCAUUCACGAAGGAGGGAUAGCAGCGGGGUGAUGUCAUGUGACUUUUAUGACCUCUAUCUGCACUUUUACCUUCAAUAACGUGUCAGCUCCAUUUCACUGGUUCUGGACCAGUGCUCAAAUACAAAUGAAAUAUUGUCUCUAACUGGAUGGGUUCAGUCUGAGGCUGACCUGAGCUGUGGGAGAAGCAAAGAUGUACUAUGCUGCAAACACACAAGUCAUGGCUUGGAGCUCAAAGAGACAUAUACAUUUUGUGUGAAAUUUCCCUUUACUACAACAUCCAUUCACCAAAAACGAUAUAUCAUUAAAGGCAGGAACAAUUUUACUCUGGUCAGAACUGGCAAAGCUGUUUCCAUAUCGAAUUUAACACGAUUUACUACAAGGAUACAAAAUCAUAUCACUGUACGUCUGAGCUGAUCUCAUCAGAUGGAACAUUUUUGAAGAUUAAACCUGGCUGCAGCUUAAGAAGACUGUGCUGUCCCAAGUCUAUGGUCCAGUAAGUCUGAGGUUGGAAGAGUUGUGUGAGUGCUCAAAAAAAUAAAGGCUAGACAAAUGGGGCCAGCAAACAGUACAGUCCUAUGACCAGUAUAGGAAAGGAGGUACUCUGAGUUGUGGGUGAUGAUAUACUGUAUUUACAGGAAUAUCAGCCUGCUUUUUUUUUUUUUUUUUUUUUUGCUUUGGGGCUACUGAUUGUGAAACAAAUGCAAAUUGUAAAGCAAAGGGUUGAAAGUGUGUUUGAUUGUUCAUUCAUUUGUUACACAUAUUUUCUUAUUCCCUUAAUCUAUUUCUUCUCUUCUAUGCUCUCCGGUUGUUUUCUUUGUGCAUCUCAUAUUCCCUUUAGCCUGCUGGGUCUUGGUAACGUAAUCCUCCUCUCCAAAGGCUCUCUCACUACCAACUUUAAUAACCUGUAUAGAACUCAGGCCAGCUCUGGAAGAUAGCCUGACUCAGAUAUUUAUCCGUAUUUAUUUAUGUUUAAACACUGUAGCACAAACCUCUUCAAAAGAAAGGUUUAGGAGGGUUUAUUUAACAUAUAGUAUUUAAAAAUAAAACAGUGGUUUUCAUGUUUCGUUUCUGUUCUAUUACUUAUGACUGUGGUUUAAAUCUGAACAGAGUAGUUGUUUUGUUCACAGGAUGUGAGAGGAACAUUGGAGGAUUCUACUGUCAGCACACAGUAUCUGUGUAUGCUUUAACACUGGAUUUGCUACAGUUAAUUGCGGGUCCAUUAUUAUUGGAUAUGCUGUAUAAAUUACAGUGUGUUGCAAUAUGGAUACAGUAUUAAAGAAUGUUAAUUUUUUUUCCUUUGUUGCUGUUGGAUUUUCAUGUUUAAUUUUAUGUUGCUGUUAAUAUGAUGCUCUACCACACUGUGUGGUUGCACUUUUUGCCUGUUUGCUCCCAGAAUUCUCUCUGUACAGUGACCUGCCCCUCUGAUUUCAAUUUGGGAUAUGUGAAACAAGACGUUUACUGGAGCGUUAUCUGAUUCUCAAACCAUUUCACAAUAUAAAGGACACAUUUUUGACUAAAAUAUAACUGCUUUGUAUUUGGUACAAAAUGAUUUUUUGUUCUGUAUCCUUGUACUCUCCUCUCUCUGUAACCGUUUUGUCAAAUUAAACAAUCUCAUGCGUCCUUACAGAUGUUAUCACUCAAAGUUGAACAUAUCUUGAAGAAACGAGGACAGUCCCUGACACACACGAACCUGGCUACAGACACAGACAAGCAGUCACAACACACAAACUGAACCUCGUCACCGUGAUGAAUGAAGUUGUUUCCACUCUCUAUCCCUGUUACUGUGACCGUUACAUGUUUAAUACUGUAAAUAUGUAUUUGAAAAUGCUAAAUCUAUUUUUAUAAUUUGUUUGAAGAACAAUGUGUUGAAUAUAAUAUCUGCUCACUGUGUAAGGGUUUGAGUUGUUUUAAUUUAGGGCCAUAGCUAAAAAAAAACUUUGGUGUUUGGAAUAUAAACCUGGAUUUCUUUUUUUUUUUUUUUGGUUAGUUUUUGAUGAUUUUUACCUGUUAGAAGAAAAUCUGAUGGCUGUUAUAAUAUUGAAAUGUGUUAUUAAAAAAUCUCCAAUACAAGCAAAUGUUUUGUGCUGGUGCAGGUGUCAGAGUACACGGUGCGCCACAGCUUAUGACAUAUGGUGCUGUGAAGCCACAGACCGGUCAGACUGCCCAUGUUGACCCCUGUACACCACCAAAAGCGCCCACAACAGGUAUGUGAGCAUCAGAACUGGACUGUGGAGCAAUGGAAGAAGGCGGCCUGGUCUUGUGAAUCACGUUUUCUUGUACAUCACAAGAAUAGCUGGGUGCGUGUGUCGCUUGCCUGGGGAAGAGAUGGCACCAGGAAGCACCACAGGGAGAUGGCAAGCUGGCGGAGGUAGUGCUGGGAAACCUUGGGUCCUGCCAUUCAUCUGGGUGUUACUUUGACACGCACCACCUACUGAAACAUUGUUGUGGACCAAUUACACCCCUCCAUGGCAAUCGUAUUUCUCUGAGGGCAGUGGCCUCUUUCAGUGGGAAGAUGCUCCCUGCCACUCAGCAAAAAUUGUUCAGGAACGGUCUGAGGAGCAGUCAGUGGUUCAAGGUGUUGCCUUUGCCUCCAAACUCCCCACAUCUCAAUCUAGUCAAGCAUCUCCAGAAUGUGCUGGUCCCACCUCAAAACGUACAGGUGUUAAAGGCAAUGGACACGCUAAUUCUGUGAAAACUUAAUUCCCUGAAUUCAGAGAUUGUUACUCCUAUGUUUACCACCAUUUCUAAAAGGUUUUAAUCUCACAGGCUAUAAACGUUCAAUUUCGGAAAUGUAUUUUUGAACAUUUAAAUGUACGGAGGCAGAAAUCAACAUUUAAUUGGGAUUAAAAUAUUGUCUUAUAUCCAGUAGCUUGAACUGAAUGACAAUUGCAAUUAUUUUCAUGUAUGUUUGUCCAUCUACAAUUUUCGUAGAACCACUAGUUACUAUACAUUCUGGUCUUUCAGUCUCAUGCACAGAAUCGUAUUAAUGUGUUGGUCUUUCUUAAAGGCACCCUGUGGGGUUUUGGACCACAGUAGUGGUAUGGAUCAAUAUUUUAAGAAUUAGUCCCUGUUAUGCUA